AUCCGUCAGCUAGCUGAAUUCCUCCUCUGCAGAGGGCCCCUUUCUUAUCGGCACUAAUCCAGCACAGCAGCUGCAGCAGCUCUGUAGUACUCGGUGCUAUCAGUGCUGUGCAGGGUGCCCGAUAACCCCCCUCCCUCUCCUGCGCCAGCAGCAAGCCCUCUUUGCGCUCCCGCACCAUGUACGGCCACCGAUCCCUAUCCUUGGGGCGCGUAGUGACUGCCUGGCAGCAGCAAAACACAAACAAGCAGAGCUGGGCGGGCGAGCGAGCUGCGGGCAGCCAGGGAGGCAGCACCCAACCUGCCUCUGCACUCCUGAGCCCCCGGUUCGCUCCGUCGAAGGAGGCGCGUCUGCCAAGCGCUCUCCUCCUGGCAAGAGGCACCUCCGCACGCAUCCACCCAGCGGGAAGGGGGGGCUGGGUCCGCAGCGCCCUGUGCCAGCUGGCAGGACGGAGGGCAGCCGCUCCCCUGGCCUCUGCCUGCGCCCUCGGGAGGAGGAGAAAGGAUGCUCGGACAGGGCUGGUUAAUAGCAGCCAUGGAGGCAGUGCUGAUCUUCCUGUGCUCCCUGCUGGUGCCCGCGGCCGUGGCAGACGUGGCCACCCAGGGAAAGGAGGAGGACCCCUUUCACUAUGAUUACCAGAGCCUGAGGAUCGGGGGGCUGGUCUUUGCCGUGGUCCUGUUCACCGUCGGUAUUCUCCUUAUACUCAGCAGGAGGUGCAGGUGCAGUUUCAACCAGAAGCCCAGAGCUCCAGGGGACGAGGAGGCUCAGGCUGAGAACCUGAUCACCUCAAACGCAACGGGAGCACAGAAAGCAGAGAACUGAACAAGAGCCAUGCGACCCAGAGACCUGAGGACAGACGCUCGGACCGCAGAUGCCAGUGGCCUGCGAGGAAACUGAAAUUGCAGCAACAGGUCCCCCUAAGGAGAUGCGAAGCUGCUGUCUGUGUUACCCUCUGUACUUCAGCACCGGUUCUCUGUUUACUAACCCGACUAAACUCCACUCACCGUCCUCUCUGCCUCCAGUGGUGUGUAAUGUUGAUGUGAGAUGACCAUACCUCUAGGGCUAGUCGUUGCUGAUGUUGUAAUAGUGACUUUCUCUUCACUUUUCUCGUGCUGUGCAUAUGAUUCCGGCUGUGUAUGACUGGCAGGCGCUGCCCCUCUGGGCCAUUUCCCAAGCCCAGGAUGGGGAGCCACAGGGCAGGGUGGCGUGGGCUGCGUUGCACGGAGCCUGCUGCAUCCCCCCGCCCUUCCCCGUGCCUGGAGCCAGAGGCUCGUGGUUCAUCCCGGCUGGCUUUGGGCAGGGCUCAGGGACCAGUCCCGUGGCGUUUUGGGGGCCUGCCCGGCGUGACUAUGGACCGCGCGUUGCCGUUUCAGCAAUAAUCCUCCUGCGCGCCCCCAGCCCAAAGGCAGCCGCGGUGGGGGGCGAGUCAGGCAGGGACAUCCCGCAGCUUGACUGCCCUAGGUGGUGGUACCGGGGUGCUGGAUUUAAGGCUGAAGGGAGCUCCCCUUUCUCGCCUGCUCAGCACUGCCCAUUUGUGUCCCUGGCUAAAACCAACCUGUCUGUGUGGGAUGCUGUUAUAAAUGUGAGGAAAUGCUGCGGUGGCAGAGAAGCCCGUGAAAUCCCCCAGCACGGUGACACUGUGAAAGAGCAGCUGCGCAGCGGUGACCCUGCUAACCAGGACAAAGCAGCUCCUUGCCAACGCUCUACCUGCCCACGAGACAGAGGUGGGCAGGUUAAAUGGUCCCUGAGGGCUAAAGAGAAACACGGGCUGAGAUAAAGCUCCUGUCCUUGCUUGUGUCUGGCAGGGAAGGGGCAGCGGUGUUUCCUCCUGGUGCUCCCUGCCCUUCCUGAUGCUGUGUCGCUCCCUGUGCCAUGGUCUGGGACACGGCGACCCUCGUCAGUGCUGCGUGUCGUCCCGUGGCGGUUAUGUGUCAUCAGCCCCCCCCCAAUGCCAGCUGCCCCUUCUCACCGCAGAGCAGCAGCGAGCCAUGUUCUGGCUUUGCACGCCUGAGCUUGCACGGUGGCGACGUGCCAGCUCCAGAAGGGCUGAGCCCAGAGUCCAUCGUCACCUUGUGUCCGCUCGUGGAUCGGAGGCAAACCUGUGAGUCUCACCCCCCUUCCCCCAAGCCCAUGGGCAUGCAAAACCCUGGCCUCAGCUGGGGCUGGGGAGCGCCGGCUGGGUUGUGGGUGCUUGCCAAGGCAGGGUCAGCGUGGGCAGCAGUGGGAGAUCCCUGGGACUGCGCGGAAACAUGUCAGAGUGCCCACUGCGUGCCGGGAAGAGGUUCUUGUCCUAUGGGCUGGUUUUGAGAGGGGUUUCUUCUAUGCCCACCCCACCGCAGUGGCCCUGCCUCCAGCGUGGGCUCUGUCCCUGCGUGCUUUGCAUCCCUGGGUGGCACUGGGAAGCAGGCUCUGUCCCAUCUGUGUGAGGCAGAGGAACGGUCUCUCCAGUACCCUGUCCUUUCCCUUCGUGGCCAUUGAAGAAAUUUCUGCUCGCCUCCUGCCUCCACGCUGCUCCGCAGCCUUGGGCAGAGCAGACCCUGUGGAGCCCAGCCCCCAAGCAUCGGCUGUGUGCGUGUCCCACGUCGGAGUGCCCGUGGUGUCUGUAGUGUGCCGUCGGUGUUAACACGAAACAAAGAAAUCCCUGUGGUGUGUAGAAAUGGCAAAAGCCUGACUGUUGUAAAAUAAACUGAGCUAUUGUGUUUCCUUUUAAA